AUGCCCGGACUUCUUAGCUUGGAUCCAGGAGGCGACCUUGAGGUGCUUUUUGAACGCCAAUCUGGUGGGAGACGAAGCCGUGGGAGUAGUGUCUCAUCCACCUGCACUGUCGGACGAGAAGAGCCAGUCCAAACUAUAUUCCUUGAUCUCUCCUCGGACGACGAGGUCAUCGACCUCACCAUCGAUGACAGCGAAACGACUACAGCUCAAAUCAAAUAUGGAGAGCAUGCGCUUACUUCCUACAGAGGACCUUCGGGGAUUAUCAAGCCUGGGGAUUUUGUCGAAGUUCAACUAGUGAAAAUCGGCAAAUACCAGGUGAACUUUAUCCUCAUCAGCGCAAUCGUACGGACAAUAAUGGGAGAGCACAAGAUACGGGGCAUACCUUACAUUCGGAACCGAUACUUAUGCAACAUGCUUCCCAAAAAACGCAACGAAGUGUGCCAAAUCUUGCACUUUGACAAAGAUGAUGUGACCAGAGCACCGACCUUGGUCGACGCCAAUAUCCGUUUCGUGAGAAAACCGCACACCCUCAUAAUCACCAAUGCUGUUUGGCCUCAACACUCGGUAGCCAGCCCUUGUGUAGGCCUGGUUCAUGGUCAAGCAGGAGAAGGCCGUGUCGCUGAGGAAACGGAUCCAUUAGUUUGCCGUUGGAAGUUCGAAAUACGCUCACUCAGGCAAGCUGCGAUGUUCAAACCCUUGGAGGAAUGCCUUGUCCGCGUACAUGAAAGCGAGGUCUCCGAGGCGAAAUAUCGAGUCGCAGAAGCUGAAAUAAGUAACAUCUGGCGAGGGCGAUCAUAUCCUGGUGGUUCCUGGCCUUUAGAGGCUGAAGAGCGGCCAACAACAGACACCAAAACAAACGGCCACCGUCCAACACCUCGAAGUGCUUCCCAGAAAUACACCUUGUUUGAUUCGUUCGCCGGUGCUGGUGGUGUGUCUCGUGGCGCUAAAAUGGCUGGGCUCAAAGUCACGCACGCCAUUGAUAAAGCUGCUGAGGUUUGGCCAACAUAUAGGACAAACUUUCCCGAUACUCGUUUAUUUCAAGGCUCCGUGGAUGAAUAUGUCAGAGCUGAGAAAAGGUGUCCACGGGCGGACUUUUUACACCUAUCGCCACCCUGCCAAUUCUUCUCCCCAGCUCACACUCGCGAAUCCGUCCACGACGACACAAACAUUUUUGCUUUGUUCUCUUGUGGUUCACUCAUUGACAAAGUACGACCAAGAAUUGUGACUGUUGAACAAACCUUCGGCAUCACCCAUGAUCGCCACCGGAUGUAUCUCUGCACCCUGAUUAACGAUUUCACCCAAUAUGGCUAUUCGGUGCGUUGGAAGAUAGUCAAGCUCUGUACCUGGGGCUCAGCACAGGACCGAAAACGCCUCAUCAUGAUAGCUGCAGCGCCAGGAGAGAGGUUGCCUCCUUACCCAGACGCUUUAUACUCCGAGAAUGGCGCUGGUGGACUUAAACCCUUUGUAACGAUUCGAGAAGCUCUGCAAGGCAUUCGGCAAAGUGAUCCACUUCACGACACUUCUACAGUUAAACAUUUUGAACCACCCAGACCUUCCUACAACCCAGAUCGCUUAGCUGGUACUCUGACGACAAGUGGGUCGGACUCUUGCUACCCUGACGGCACCCGAGAUUUCACCCUUCGGGAAUUCGCGUGCCUUCAAGGAUUCCCUUGGUAUCAUCGGUUUCGAGGAACAAGAACAUCUAUCAAGCGCCAAAUAGGGAACGCCUUUCCUCCUAACACGGUCAUGGUGCUGUAUCAACAUCUGGAAAGUUGGCUUUUAAAGCAGGAUGGGAUGACCCGACACCAGCCAUCUUUGAACAAUAUCAUUUGCUUAACUGACCGCGCCCACGAUGCCAUUGAGAUAAUAGAUGCCCCUGUUGGCUAUCCACCUCGCCAACAGAAAUCUAUUCGGCAACAGAAUCAAUCCUAUCGGAUGUAUGGAUCAGGAAUGCACGAGCCACUUGAGAUAGAGGACCAUACAACCGCUGAGACUUACGCUCCAGCGCAGUGUGGCAGUAUGGCGAUUGAUUUAACCUGGUAA